AAAGGAAGCAUCUGUAAUUUUGACGGAAAUGUAUGUUUGCAGAAGAGGGCGUUGCAGAAGAAAACAAAAUACUGUAUAUUUUAAAUUAAUUCAGCAGCUGUGAGUCAACGGCCAGUGUACAAUCUAUUCUAGAGGUGCUACAGUGUACCUGUUAUCUCGACUGCACCAGCUCUUAAGGAAAUAAAUAUACCGUGCAUUACUGGAACAAGGUGACUUACGCUUCUGCGCGGAAAAUCGAAACUGAAACUCCUUGAUAGUCGCUGUGCAAAAAGUGUGUUUUUUUUGUAUUUUUCAUUAACUCCUCUGGAAAAAUAACCAUCUCAUUCAAAACAGAUACGAUACAGAAUAACCAGCCUACACAAACAGAGAUGGCAGACAACACUGACAUUGAUGAAAGUCUUUACUCUCGACAACUGUAUGUGCUGGGCCAUGAGGCGAUGCGCCGCAUGAAGGAGGCAGACGUGCUUAUCUCUGGAAUGAGGGGAUUGGGAGUUGAGAUCGCCAAAAACAUCAUCCUGGCGGGAGUGAAAUCAGUCACUAUCCACGACGAGGGCCAGACCCAGUGGGGAGACCUUUCCUCUCAGUUCUUCCUGCGGGAGGGCGACGUGGGACAGAACCGGGCUGAGAGCUGUAAAUCCCAGCUAGCCGAGCUCAACGUCUACGUCCCAGUGACCUGUUACACUGGGCCUCUCAGCGAGGACAUCCUGUCAGUAUUCCAGGUGGUGGUCCUGACGAAUGCUUCUCUAGAGGAGCAGCUUCGGAUUGGAAGUUUCUGUCACUCCUGUGGUAUUAAAUUCAUUGUGGCGGACACCAAAGGCUUGUGUGGCCAGCUUUUCUGUGACUUUGGAGACAAGUUUCUGGUGACUGAUCCAGAUGGGGAGCAGCCACUUUCAACUAUGGUAGUUCACAUCUCCAAGGGCAAUCCUGGUGUGGUGACCUGUUUGGAUGAGAAGAGACAUGGGUUACAGGAUGGAGAUUACGUCACCUUUUCUGAAGUCCACGGCAUGACGGAACUCAAUAAUCACGAACCCAUUGAGAUCAGGAUCAUUGAUACGUACAUGUUCAGUAUAUGUGACACUUCAGGAUUUUCAGAGUAUAAGAAGGGAGGGAUCGUCACAGAGGUCAAAAUGCCAAAGACACUCACCUUUAAACCCCUGAAAGACUCCUUAAAUGACCCUGAGAUGAAUGUGACAGAUUUCAGUAAGAUUGAACGCCACUACACCUUCCACAUUGCGUUCCAGGCUCUACAUCGCUUUGUUAAGGAGACCGGACGACUGCCUAAACCCAGAGGAGAGGCUGAUGCAGAGAAGGUGGUUGCCAUCACGAGGACCCUGAACCAGGAAGCCCCAUCCACCUCGCAACGAGAACAGUUAGACGAGAGCGCUGUGCGUAAACUGGCAUUGGGCGCGGCCGGAGACCUGAGUCCCAUCAAUGCCUUUAUUGGAGGAGUGGCAGCCCAGGAGGUCAUGAAGGCCUGCAGUGGGAAGUUUACCCCCCUGAAGCAGUGGCUGUACUUUGAUGCUCUAGAGUGUCUUCCUGAGGAGAAUGAAGAGCUGGCUGUGACAGAGGAGACCUGCGCACCAAGAGGUUGUCGCUAUGAUGGACAGAUCGCAGUGUUUGGCUCGGCUUUCCAAGAGAAGCUGGCUGGGCUGAAGUACUUCAUGGUGGGGGCUGGUGCCCUUGGCUGCGAGCUUCUGAAGAACUUUGCAAUGAUUGGCCUGGCAGCCGGAGAGGGUGGGAACAUCACUGUGACAGACAUGGACUCCAUUGAGAAGUCUAAUCUGAACCGUCAGUUCUUGUUUCGUCAAGGAGAUGUUACGAAGUUGAAAUCGGAGACCGCCGCCCUGGCCAUCAGAAAAAUGAACCCCUCACUCCACAUAUCGGCUCAUCAGAACAGGGUCGGCCCAGAGACGGAGCACAUCUACGGACACGAGUUCUUCUCUGGGCUGGAUGGUGUGGUCACCGCACUGGACAGCGUGGAAGCCAGGAUGUACGUUGACAGGUGCUGUGUUCGCUACCAGAAGCCCCUGCUGGAGUCGGGCACUCAGGGCACCAAGGGGCACACACAGGUCAUCGUGCCCUUCUUGACUGAGUCUUACGGACAGGAACAGGGAGGAACACAGAACACCUUCCCCAUGUGCACACUCAAGAACUUCCCACACUCCAUCCUGCACACCCUGCAGUGGGCCCGAGAUGAGUUUGAAGGGCUUUUCAAACAGACGGCUGAACAUGUGAACCAGUACCUGCAGGACCCCCAAUUUGUGAAACGGAUGCUGAAGCAGGGAGGGGCAGAGGCCCUGGAUAUCCUGCAGGGAGUGUACGACAGCCUGGGAGCACGGCGGCCGCGAGACUGGGCAGGCUGUGUGAGCUGGGCCCGGUGCCACUGGGAGAGCUGCUACAGAAACAACAUUCAGCAGCUGCUGCACUGCUUCCCGUCUGACAAGGUGACGAGCUCAGGUCUGCCCUUCUGGUCAGGAUCCAAAAGAUGUCCUCACCCCCUGAUCUUUGACCCCAAUAACACCACCCAUAUGGACUACAUUGUAGCAUCGGCUAACCUGUAUGCCCAGACCUACGGUAUCGAGGGAACCCGAGACCGAGGAGAAAUCGCCAGGACACUCCAAGCAGUCAGCGUGCCAGACUUCACCCCUCGGUCCGGCAUUCGGAUCCACACCACUGACAAGGAGAUGCAGGAUGACAAGGAGGGAGUGGACAACAGCAAGCUAGAAGAGCUGGAGGUCAAACUGGCGUCUCCACAGAACUUUGGCGUGUCCAGUAUGAACCCACUAGAGUUUGAAAAGGAUGAUGACACAAAUUUCCAUAUAGAUUUCAUUGUUGCUGCCUCUAACCUACGAGCUGAGAACUAUGACAUCCCCCCUGCUGACCGGCACAAGAGUAAGCAGAUCGCUGGGAAGAUCAUCCCCGCGAUUGCUACCACGACGGCUGCUGUAGUCGGCUUGGUGUGUCUAGAGCUCUACAAGGUUGUCCAGGGUCACAAGAAGACUUAUCAGAACAGCUUCAUUAACCUGGCCAUGCCGUCCUGUAACCUGUGGAAGCCCAUAGAAGCGAGGAAGCAUAAGGUCUCAGAGCUGGAGUAUACUCUUUGGCAUCACUUCCCCAUCCAGGGCUUCAAGGCUGAUGGAGAGGAGAUGACCGUGACUGACCUCCUGGAUCACUUCAAGAUCACAUACAGCCUGGAGAUAACCCAACUGUUUUAUGGAGCGUCAAUGCUGUACUACUCCGGCAAUUCUGAGGAGAAACGCACUAAAAGGCUGAAACAAAGGGUGUCUGAAGCCAUUCAAGAGGUCACUAAUAUGGAGAUCCCCAAUCAUGUGCAAGUGCUGGAACUGACGCCAGUCUUCGCAGAAGAGAAUGACAGUGAGGAAAACCUAACGGUCCCGUUUAUCCUGUAUUACCUCCGGUCAUUUGAACCUGGCCUGGCCUGGCCAGGCCAGUCGCCCCUCUCCUGGAUACAGAAAGAAAAACAUUAGGAAUAACACAUUAGAAACUAAAUUACUGUCCACAUGAUUUAAGAGUAGAACAGUAAAGCACAUCACAAAAAGACCUUCCAAACAGCGUUUAGUUGAUAAUAUUUUGCAUGUUAACAUUGAAACAUUUUGUAAUGUAGUAUACCUUAAAUAUAAUGCUGUCAGUCUUAAAAACAUUUUGCAGCAUAUAGCUAUGGCCAAAAGUUUUGCAUUACCCUAUAGCAGUGGUUCCCAACCUGUGGAUCAGAGUUAACUCCAGGUGGUCCGCAAACAACUCCCAAAAUUCAUUAAUGCCGUUCUAAACAACAUAACAAACAGCUUGUGAUCGUGUAAACACAAUCAUACUGAAGUGUCAUUCUGUUCCCGUGAUCGGGUAAACACGAUAAACGCACUUCGUUUCUUUGACUUGCUAGGCCACUAUAAUUUGCAGUACAGCUUGUUAACGCAUAUCAUUGGAUAGGAGAGGAGUAUAGUUUAACUGCGUGCUUGUUUGUUUUUUGUGCGAUGUCACAUAGCUGUAGUUUAAAAAAAAAUGUGUAUCUCAAAAAAUGAAUUUGGCUGUGUCACAUUAAUAAUUCCUGACUCUUACUGAUUAUGUUUGGCUGUGUACGGCUUGCUGUGCUGCUGUAACACACCUGCUGCUACUUUCGUGCUGCCUCAGUAAACAAGAUGUCUGUAUCACGGGAUCAGCCAGUUUAAAAUGUUUUAAUGCAUAAUAAACAUUGAACUAUACACACCAAGUAAAGACCAAGGUGGUGUUUACUUAUUACUAGUUACACAAGUAGCCUUUGGCACACAAAAAAAAGCUUUGGCUCUGGACUCUUAAUAGUAGCCUGCAUACAGCAAAUAUAUAGUGUAAAAGCUUUUCCUAGCAAGUAGGAUUUACUGUAUAUUCAGUGACAUUGUGUGGUACAGUAUGCCAUAAACUUUCUUCACAAUAAAUACAAAGUAAAUCAAUGCCCUGGCCACUUAGGGGAACGUACUGUUUAGCUGCAGUUCUAUUACCAUGGUACUUUUGUUUGUCACACAGGGUAUUGGAUAACUGUUAUUUUGCGUAGCAGUAGGGUGUAGUGUUAAGAGUGCGUUGUGAUUUAUUGUCUCACUGCUGAGUUUUAAAGUUCAAAGGCAGUUCUAGGCAUCCUCUGUUUUUUGGGCAGCAGUUAUCAAAUAAAGCCUACUCACGCUCAAAGGAAAUCCUUAAUCACAAUCCGUACAGGCAGCUUGGAAAGCUAUGAGAUAGAGUAAGGCCGGUCCCGGUUGCUGUGUUCAUUUGCUGUAAUUCAGAUACUGUAAGUCAGAACAUGUAAGUAGAUUACUGAAUAAUUGGACACCCUACACAAACCCAGAUGGGAAUGUGUGUCCCUACAGUUUAAAGUGCCCUGAGGGUAUGGAGACAAACUGGACUGCCAACAAGAUAUGCUAAAUCAUGCAAGAAUAAAAACAUUUUUAACCCUUUGCAGUCCAUU